ACACAUUCGAACGCGACUGGCCUUGCCGAGUGCCGGUAUAUAAAGACUUUAUGUGGUUCACUUAGUCACUCGUACUCAGUAUUCCAAGAGUCAGGAUACUUUUUCCAUAUCCAUCAUGAUUGCUAAGAUAACCAUCCUCUUCGCUGCCCUUGCAGCCACCCACGCAUCCGUCCUUCUCGGACACGGUGCUUUGGUCAGCACUGGAGUCAGCGACAGAGCUCAAACUCAAGAUGCUUUCGGAAACUACGCCUUCAACUACGGAAUCAAGGACGGUCUCGGUGCCAGCAACUCCCGAGCUGAAGUAGGAGAUGCCCACGGAAACAAGAAGGGAACCUACACCAUUGCCGACAUCGACGGACGGGCUCGACGAGUUGACUACGUCGCUGACGGACAUGGAUUCCGAGCCACCGUCAAGACCAACGAACCCGGAACCGCCGCCAGCGCCCCAGCAGCCGCCCUCAUCGCCAGUCCCUACGCCAGACCCGUCGCUCCAGUCGUCAACCAUGUAGCCCCAGCUGCACCUGCUGUUGUUGGACAUGCUGCUGCCUAUGCUGCUCCCUUGGCCGUCGCUGCCCCAGUAGCUUACGGAGGUGUCAUCGGACACGGAGCAGCCCUUGGUCUUGGACACGGACUCGGUCUUGCUGCUCCACUUGGUCUUGGGCACGGACUCGGUCUCGGAUAUGGCUUGGGACUUGGCAAGGCUCUCGUCCAUUAAAGACAGUUCUUAACUAGAAUUCAAAUUUGCUGAAGUUCAAAUAGUUAUGACUUAUCGUAUUGGUAUAGGAAUGCGAUUAAUUUAUUUUCAUUUGUAAAAUAAAUGUUGG